AUGGAGGACGCCACCACUUCUCCCGAUCCGCUGGGACUUGUCUCGUCGCUCUACGGCCCCGGCACGACCGGCGCCUGGAUGCUGUCGGGCCUGGCGCUGCUGCUCUCUUGGUCACUUGAGCGCAAGACAAGCGACGACUGGGUGCUGAGUGCUGACCUCGCUGCAUUCCUGCUCAUCCCCGCCGUGGCCGCUACCGAUAUCUUCUAUCAGCUGUCUGGAACGUCUGAAGCCUUCCGCGGCGAUCCGACCGACACGAAAUACUCGGCGCGUCAGAUGGCCCUGCAGGCGCCCUUCGUGCUGUGUCAUGACUUUGUCGGUGCCGUCAGCCUGCCGUGCGCCUUUAUGAUUGUCGCCAACCUGCGCGUAGGCGGCCCGCUGCUCAAGGCCCGUCUCGCAUGGCUGAUCCCCGUUCACGUGUACUGCACGCUUGCAGUCAUGGUGGCCUACUCGGCGAACUCGGCGCGAGCUAACUACCAAGUUGUGCCCCUCGGCGGGUGGUCGUUCCACGUCGGCGACGGCCAGCAUCUCGUCAUCACGAUCAGGGCUGCCGAGUUCUUGUUCCAUCCGGUGGCAUUGUUUGCAGAUGGCAAGCUGGUCCGACGAUUUGCCGUCUUCAGCUGGGUGAAGAACGGGUUGCCCCACUUGCUUGGCACACUGAUCUACUAUGUCUUCUGUUGUUGCGACAGCGUAUCUGUCAUGAUCCACUUCGCCAUGUAUACGGGGCUGAUGCCGCAGUCGGCAACGAAACUGGGCGAGCUGGACCAGACGAUUGCGCUUGUGGGCGGGUUUCUUGUGCUGGGAUCUUCAGUAGGUAGCAUCGUGAGGAGCUGGCAUCGGCUUCUAGACGAUGGGGAGACCAUCUGGUCAGUCCUCAGUCGAAGAUUGGGUCUGCUGUCUGCCCCGAGCCUGGGCCAGCAAAGCUGGCCUGCUCCACAGAGAUAG